AUGGGGGGGACGGGGGAGGACGGGGACGGGGGACGGGGGAAACAUAAUUCUCCUUCCUUCCUUCCUUUUUUCCCUACUUCUUUCUAUUGGUCUUUCCCUCCUUCCUUCCUUCCUCUCCUCCUCUUUCCCUUCUUCCCUACUCCCUUUUAUUGGUCCUUCCUUCCUUCCUUCCUUCCUUCCUCUCCUCCUCUUUCCCUUCUUCCCUACUUCCUUCCAUUGGUCCUAUCGUUCCUCCUUUCCUUUUUCCUUCUCUCGUUCCUUCCUUCCUUCCCUCAGGCUCACAUCCUGUUGGACUGUGGAGACGACAACAUCUGUAAACCCAACCUGAAGUUGUCAGUGAAGAGCGACCGUCAGCAGAUCUACAUCGGCGACGACAACGCUCUGACCCUGGAGAUCAGCGCCGAGAACCAGGGGGAGGGGGCCUACGAGGCCGAGCUGCACGUCUACCCCCCCCAGCAGGCCGACUUCACCGGCGUGGUCCGCAGUCAGACCCUCAGCCGGCUGUCCUGCGCUUACAAGAAGGAGAACCAGACCAAGAUGGUGGUGUGUGACCUUGGAAACCCCAUGAAGGGAGGAACCAAGGUGCUGGCGGAGUUGAAGUUCAGCGUGCACCAGCUGUCGGAGGAGGACACGUCGGUGAAGUUCGACCUGCAGAUCGUCAGCUCGAAUCAGUUCGACAACACGAGUCCUCGGGUGUCCAGCGUCACCAGCCUGGCUGUCCUCGCUAAAGUCUCCAUCAGAGGGACGUCGUCCCCCGGUCAGGUUCUGCUUCCCAUCGCCAACUGGAAAACUAAAGAACCUCCUGUGGUCGGAGAUGACAUCGGACCGCUCAUAGUACACGUCUACGAGGUUCGAUGGUACGACCGCAGAGCCGAGGGAGCGGUCGGUCGCCAGAAGCGGAGCACAAAACCAAAAAAUAACGCUGGUGCUCAGGGAGUGCAGGCCGCUCGCACUGUGAGCACAUCAUUGAAACAGCGGUACGACGUAAUCAGUCAGGAGAGCGAGGUCCAGUCGUCCUGCUUACAUGAGGGUAUAUGCAAACAGCACUCAGGAUCUCGCACUGUUCCUCCAAUGCGACGGCACCGCGGUGCCGACGUAGUUCUGUCUCGGAUCGAGUAA